CCCCCUCCCCGCGCCGGUCCUGUCCCACCGCUGCCGCAAAGCGCGUCCGUGCCGGACAGCGCGUUUUACGACAUAGCGGGGCGGCGGCGGGUCCGCGAUCAUGUUCGGGGCGGCGGAGGAGGACGAUGCCGACUUCCUGUCCCCCGCCAGCGGUUUCCUUUUCUAGUGCCAGGUUGGCCUCUCUCUUUGGUCUGGACCAAACAGUCUCAAGCCAUGGGAAUGAAUUCUUCCAGUACACUGCGCCAAAGCAGCCUAAGAAGGGGCAAACGGCAGCUGCAGGUCAGGCAGCCCCGAAGGCUCCUGCGGCCCCGGCAGCUUCAGGAGCACCAUCGGUGUUCGUGGCCACUGCGGUUCAUGCUUAUCGAUAUACAAAUGGGCAGUACUUGAAGCAAGGCAAGUAUGGAGCGGCUGUAGUGGGGAACCAUGCUACUAAAGAGUACAGGAUCCUCCUUUACAUCAGCCAGCAGCAACAGAUCGCAGCUGCAAGGAUCCAUCCAGGCUUCGUACUCACGGUUCAACCCAACAAUUACAGUACGUUCUAUGAUGACCAGAGACAAAACUGGUCCAUCAUGUUUGAGUCAGAAAAGGCAGCAAUGGAUUUCAGUAAACAGGUCUGCAUUGCCAAAUGCAACAGCUCCCCAGUCCUCGACUCAGUCCUCUACCAGGAUCUCGUUCUUGGAGAAGGGCAGGGAGUAGAAGGAGGAGACUCUCUGGAGGUUGCCUAUACGGGUUGGCUGUUCCAGAACAACGGGCUUGGACAGGUGUUUGACUCAAAUGUUAACAAAGACAAGCUGUUGCGGCUAAAGCUGGGAUCUGGAAAGGUCAUCAAGGGCUGGGAAGAAGGAAUGAUGGGGAUGAAGAAAGGAGGACGAAGGUAUCUCAUUAUUCCUCCGGCGUGGGCCUACGGGGCUCAGGGAGUGGCUGGCCGCGUCCCUCCAGACUCUACUCUAGUUUUCGAGGUGGAAGUUAGGCGGGUGAAGUUGGUAAAGGAAUGCUCUGGUUCGGAUGGACAGAGCGUUAGUUCAAGGGAUUCUCCUGCACCUUCUCCAGUACCCAAUUCAGAUGGUUUCUCUGCAGACGCUGGUUUGUUGCCUCCAUCUACGAUACCUCCGAAGCCCGGGGAGCCAGCUGUUCGGGCCAAGUCAAACUCCCUCAGCGAACAGCUAGCAAAUCCAGACGUAGCAAAGGCAAAGCUCAUUUCUCGGAUGGCUAAAAUGGGACAGCCCAUGCUGCCAUUCCUUGCCGGCCCAGCGGGAAGUCAGCUUGACUCCAGCGACUCGGAAAUAGAGGAUCCAAAUACGCUGAGAGGGACGGCGCAGCCAGUGGCUUCAUCUUCCAUGAGACCAUCGCAGCCAGCUCACGCGGUACUGCCCACGGUGUCCACACAAGUACCUCAAGCAGCUGCUUCUGCACCCCCGGUGUCUUCUGCUGCUUUAAUACCUGCAACGAUCCAGCCCCAUUCAGCUCUGCCUGGAGGAGCACAGGGCUUUCAGGCGUAUCCAGGCAUGGCAUUUGCUUACCCUCAAAAUGCUGCGUCUGCUUCUCAGCUCCAGCCUGUGGGACAGAUGUAUCCCGCACCUUACCAAGCACCUGGGGAUGUUACUUCCUUUUUGAUGACAGAAGCUCGGCAGCAUAACACUGAAAUCCGAAUGGCCGUUAGCAAAGUAGUAGAUAAAAUGGAUCAUCUGGCUGCCAAGGUGGAGGAGUUGAAGAGACAAAAUGCUGCUAACAGCUCACUGCUGCCUGGUAUCUCCUCUGUUACUAUGGAAGCCUCCAUGAUCAUGAGCAAUAUCCAACGCAUAAUCCAGGAGAAUGAGAGACUCAAGCAAGAGAUAUUUGAGAAGAGCAGUCGGAUUGAGGAGCAGAAUGAGAAGAUCAGCGAGUUGAUUGAGCGGAAUCAGAGGUACGUCGAACAAAGUAACUUGCUAAUGGAGCAGAGGAACCACUCGCUGCAAACAACAAAUGAAAACACACAGGCAAGAGUGUUGCAUGCAGAACAGGAGAAGCGCAUGCUGCCGGUGGAUCGGGGCUGGGACCAGGCCAAAGUUGCUGAGGAGUUGGCAGCUGCCACGGCGCAGGUUUCCCAGCUGCAGCUGGAGCUGACAGCCCACCAGAAGAAGGAAAUGGACCUGCGGAAACAGCUGUCUGCUGCCCUGCAGGAGGCAGAGCGACACGAGACGCAGCUCAACAAACUGCAAGCACAGUUAGCAGAGCUUCAAGAAGCCUCUGAGGACACUCAGAGUAGAUUCAAAGCUGAGAAGCAGAGCCGCAAACAGCUGGACAUGAAGAUUACAGCAUUGGAAGAAGAGUUAACGGACCUAAAAGUGGAGAAGGAGACUCUUGAAAGGAAUCUUGCAGAGAGGAAGAAGAAAUCCCUCUCGGAGAGAGCUCAAGCCGAGGAAGAGAUGGAAGAAAUACGCAGAUCGUAUCAGCAGGAACUGGACAAGCUUCGGCAGUUGCUGAAAAAGGCACGGACUUCGACUGACCAGGCAGCAGCAGAGCAGCUAUCGCUCGUCCAGGCAGAGCUGGAAUCCCAGUGGGAAGCCAGAUGUGAACGGGCGCUGGCCUCGGCCAAGGAGCAGCAUGUUAGACAGUACCGGGAGGUGUGUGAGCAGAGAGAUUCCCUGAAGGAGCAGGUGUCCCAGCUGGAAGAGAAGAUUGCAGCUCUCAAACACUCGAAAAAAGCAGAGGAGCAAAAAUUGGCUGAGUUCCAGCAACGUUGGGAGCAACUAGAGCCUGUAAAAGAGAAGUACUCAGCCCUGCAGGCUGACCUUGUGCUGCUGAAGGCUCGCUACGAGGAACGCAUCCGAGACCUGGAGAAGGAUCGGGACGGAGCCUCACCUGCAGACUUCACAGAAGAAGUAAAGAAGAUAAUGAAUGGUGUAUUUCAAUCUCUUCGGGGUGAAUUUGAGCUGGAAGAGACGUACAGUGGCAGGACGGUUCUGGGUGUUGUCAUGAACACUAUUAAGACUGUAACACUGCAGCUACUCAACAGGCAGCAGGAGAAACCAGAGGAUGACAGUAAAAAGGAGGAAUCUGGAACAGGAGCGGUGAGACGGGAGGGAUCACCUGGAGCAAAGGCUGACCACGAAGAGCCCGUGCAGCGUAGCCCAGCGCAGAGUGUGGCGUUCCCAGCUGAUCCCAGGGAAGCGACCACAGGCUCCACGGUGUCUGACCAGGAAGACAAGUCUGCUCCUCUGUCUGCCAGGCCCAGCCCUGCUGAGGAGGAGCAGGUGACACAGAGCAAUGGGGUGUCAGAAGAGGAGAAGGUCCAGGCGGAGCAUCUCUCUUCUGCGGCUGAAUCCUGCCUGGAUCCUGAUAAGGGGCCGGCACUUGCAGGACAGCCUGUUCCUGAGGUGGAUGGGGAUUUUGUCCCAGCCGAGCAAAGGCAGGAGAGCAGUCCCAUCAGGAAAGCUGAGGCUGAACGCAGUCCCUCCAGAGUAUCUUUGCAGGCAGAAGCUGCAGAACCUUCUGUUCUGGAAGCCAAGCCAGGAGAAGCGGAUGUGGCAGAUGUGGUUCCAGAAAAGCCAGCUGUGGAGGAGGCAGAGGAGCCUGUGGGGGGUCUAGAGCCCCCUCCCUUAAAUGGUGAGGGAGGGAGCUGCAGAGAGCCAUCUCUGGAUGGAGCGAGCUCUGAGCCGGAGCCGCCUUCAGCAUCCAGCACAGCAGAGCCGAGCUCGGCUCUCAUCAGAGAAGCUCCAGGACGGCAGCAACUGGGCUCCAGCCCCAGGCAGAAAGAUUCCAGCCUCUUUGAGGAUGACAACUUCUUUGAAACAGCAUCUCCUAAACCACUGAAGCCUCGAGUUCCCUCUGAAGAGGAGGAUGAGGAGGAAGUGAGCAUGAAGGGGCGUCCCCCUCCAGCUCCGCUCUUUGGCGAUGAUGACGAUGAUGAUCUGGACUGGCUGGGAUGAAGAGCCGGCUGAUGAGCCCGUGAGCCCUCUCCUCUGGGCAUGGCCUCUUCCCGAGCACUUGGCACUUAACGAGCUGCGUCCGUGGGACAGUUGUGAACAACCAGGGACUCCCCAGGCUCGUCCUGCAGGCUCACGGGGGUGGGAGCGGGGGGCUCUUUGCACUGGUGGGCGCUCAGAGCCCUCGCUCUGACCUGCCGAACCUGCGCAGAGGUUGGGGACGAGCUGAAGGAACCAGCCUGUCUCGCUGCACGUUUGUAUUGCUGUCCUGCUUCUGUCGACUGUUGAUACAUUAAUCUGAAACUUUAUGCAAAUAUGAACUUUGUAAAGUGCUUCAGAAGGACGAGUCUGGCAGGACCCUGCAGUAGGUAACUACUUUUUUAAAAAACAGACUGAGCUCUCCCCUCCUUCCCCAGUGAAGAUUUUCAUCGGAAGAUUCCUGUUAGUUCCCGGGGGCUCUGCACCGGCUUAUCCCCAGGUAUUAGCGAUGUGCGGUGGGAGACCCGGCCCAGAGACCCCGGGCGGGUGUUUGCCGUGGGCCAGCGGCUCCGCGCCGGCAGCUUGGGGAGAGCCCCGGGGCUGAGGCGGUUCAGGAGGGGGCUCUUGUGUGUUCAGAGCUCCGGCACGUGCCGGUGCUCGCUGACCCAAGCCGGGGCACCCGGCGGCAGCACCGACAGUCCGGGCUGUGUUAGACCAGCGCUCCGAGCCCAGAUGUAGCAUCCCGUCACUGCUGGUGUGAGAGGGCGAAUCCCCAGCUGUGUUUUAGGGAGGACCCCGAGGCUCUCGGAGGCCUCACAGAAAUGAUUCCCUGCGCAGCCAGCUCCUCUCCUCUCUCUCUUUGUGGCCAGAGGCGAGAGAUUUAUUCUUCUUUUUCUUGCUGGCUUGUGUUUCACAGGCGGCUGAAGCAGCAGUACAGGUGUGUGAUGUGCUCCUUCUCUAGAGAGAGUUACUGCCGCCAGCCCCGCGCCUCUGCUGGGCCUUUCUCCCCGCCGCCGUUCACAGCGUGAGGAUCACAGCACCAGUUAAAACUCGGUGCUGGCGGGACGUAAGCCAUCACGGAGCCCCAGCCUCGGGGGCUCUGCCGGGCAGCCGGGGCUGCGGCUGUAACUCCUCAGUCUUGGACCACAAGGGGAAAGGGGUGAGGGCCGAGGGCUGGGGAAACACCACGGGUUUCUCGUGGCAAUUUUACCUUUGCUCUUACUGGCACUAACGCAACUUAACACUGGGAGCAGGUGUUAGUGUCUUUAAAACUCAUAAACCCCCCCUUCACUUAAUAAAAUGGAAGUGCUUAAAAAAAUGCCACUGCAGUUUAGUUUCUCCAGCUGCCUCUUCUCUCGGAGAUCUGCAUUUGAUCCGUGUCCUCCUAAACGCGAUUUCUUGGCUGGGGGGGGGGGGUGGUGGAAGAAAAGAGCGCUGGGAAUUCCUGUUCCUGAGGCGGGUCCCUGUCCCUGCGCCCCACGCGUUCCCAAACGCAGCUAAAAUUGUGGGUGAGACCAAAGCCUGGGAAGGAGCUGCCCGGCUGCCAGGCGAGCGCGCGUCUGCCCCCGGGGGCUCCGCUGGCCCUUCCUGGGGAGCCGCUCCCCGGGUCCGAGCACCCACCACUCACUCGGUGCUGGACACGACGGGGGGCGAGAGCCGGGUUUUCUGGGGCUCCCCAGCACCCCCACCCGGCCCUGGGGGAGGCUGUUGCUAAUACUAACAAAUUCCACUUCCAGUUUCCCGUUAGAGCCGGACAACCCGAGGGAUUUGCCUUUCACUUCUGGAAAAAUAAAGUGCAAUUAAACCUGUGUGGUUUUUUCCUUGCAUGGGUUUUACUUCAGUCUGGCUUGGUCUAUUUCUAGGCGCUUAAAAACUGACUUAGCCCUGACUCGAGGCUAAUUUGAUGUAGAAAAUCUUCUGAGGGUGUUCUUGCUGUUAAACCCUCUCCUGGGAAAGGAGGGAAGGUCCCUUUGUGCCGCGGCUCCUCGGGGGGCUGUGUUGCGCUUUCGGGGUGUAAGAAACUGCAGGACAGGAGAUGAGCGCGGUGUGCGCGGGGAGCACGCGCCUGGUUCUCCAUCAGCCCCGGGGGAGAGGGGCCUCGGCAUCUCCCGGAGCUUUGCAGCAGCCUGGGCUCGGCUGAGCUGGCUCCGUGGGCGCGGGAGGGUCCCUGCGAGCGGGGAGUGGGGCGCAGGAGUGGGGGUUUGACGCUUGUCCUUCUUAGAAAGUAGCCGCAGGAGGUACCACAACCUCUUCCAAGUGUUUCCAACCCUCUACCUCAGCCUGUAGCUCCCGGUUUUUUUGUGGCUCAAUCUCAGGACCUAACGUAAACCAUGUUUGUCCUCGGCGCCCGUGUGCGCGCGUUCCCUGGGUGCAGGAAGGGCGAACAGGAGAAAGCUCUGGGCUCCCGGGGGGACCAGCAGGGUCUGGGGCUUAGGGGCCCUGGGGGCGAUGGAGGGGCUGGGUGCUGAGGAGGGGGCGGACGCCACCUUGGGGGGCUGCGAAGGGGCUGGUCCUGCUUCUGGGCGCUGUUUGGGGCCAGGAGGUGGAUGUACCGCAUCAGGGAGGGAGGGAUGGCGCUGUGGGGCGGAGAUGGGGCUCGACACCCACUUCCCCCCGGGGCUGGGGGAAGG